UGAGGAGCUUAAAACGGACAUGUUUAUGGAUGAAACUUCAGUGGGAAACAUCAAACUAUAGAACUACAAUUAGCGGUCUAAAGAAGUUUUCUUCCUUGCCGCCUUGGGAUGAAAAUUUGGAUAUUCGAAAAUGGAACAAAAAGAUCUCUAAUUUUAUCAGAGGAGGUCAAAUUAAUGAAGCAAGAAGACUCUUUGAUACAUUGCAGUACAAGAAUACUGUUACAUGGAAUUCGAUGAUUAGUGGGUAUGUGAAAAAUAGAGAGAUAGUAAAAGCAAGAAAACUGUUCGACGAAAUGCCGCAAAGGGAUGUUGUUUCUUGGAAUUUGAUUAUAUCAGGUUAUGUUCGUGGAAGUAAACAAAUUGAAGAAGGAAUAUAUUUGUUUGAUAAAAUGCCGGUGAGAGAUGAGGUUUCUUGGAAUACGUUGAUUGGUGGGUAUGCGAGAAAUGGAAAAAUGAAUGAAGCUUUGGAUAUGUUCCGGAGAAUGAGUGAGCGGGAUACUAUCUCUUGGAAUACGAUGAUCACUGGGUUUUUGCAGAAUGGGGAUGUUGUAAGAGCAAUGGAACUGUUCAAGGAAAUGCCUCAACAGGAUUCGGCGUCUAUUAGUGCUCUUGUUUCAGGUAUAAUUCAGAAUGGUAAAUUAGAUGAAGCAGCAAAAGUUUUAUUUGAAGUUAAAAGCUUAAGUGAUGGUGUUACGGAUGUGCUUCAUGCUUAUAACACUCUGAUUGCUGGGUAUGGUCAGUGCGGAAGAAUUGUUGAAGCGCGACGUUUGUUUGAUCAAAUUCCUUCUCACCUAGAUGAAGGGAGAGGUGACAAACAAGUCAGCUUUGUAAAGAAUGUUGUUACUUGGAACUCUAUGAUGAUGUGUUACAUUAAAGCAGGAGAUCUUUCCUCGGCUAGGAAACUUUUUGACGAUAUGUUAACACGAGAUGUCAUUUCAUGGAAUACUAUGAUUAGUGUGUACGCUCAAGUGUGUAAUUUAGAAGAAGCAGCAAAACUUUUCCAUGAGAUGCCAAAUCCUGAUUCCCAGUCAUGGAAUUCUAUGAUCUCGGGAUAUGCACAACAUGGCGACCUGGAGCUUGCUCGUAGUUUCUUUGAUAAAACACCUAACAAAAGCUUGAUUUCAUGGAAUUCCAUGAUAUCAGGGUAUGAACAGAACGGAGAAUAUGAAGAAGCAGUAAGAUUCUUACAUCAGUUGCAAGGAGAAGGUGAAAGACCUGAUAAACACACUCUAUCAGCAGUUCUCAGUGCAUGUGCUUGGCUUUCAGCUCUUCAUUUAGGAAUGCAGAUUCAUCAACUGGUCAUCAAACUAGUAAUUGCAGAUGUACCAAUAAAUAAUGCGCUUAUCACAAUGUACUCGAGAUGCGGGGUUAUAUCAGAUGCGCGUUCAGUAUUUGAUGAGAUGGCUUUGAAGAGAGAUGUGGUUUCUUGGAAUUCAAUCAUCGGAGGGUAUGCAUAUAAUGGUUUGGCAGUGGAGGCUCUCAAGUUUUUUGAAGAGAUGAAGAGUGAGAAUGUGAAACCUACACAUAUAACAUUCGUUUCAGUGUUGAGUGCUUGUGCUCAUGCUGGUUUAGUAGAUGAAGGUAGGAGACAAUUCAAAUCCAUGGUCUAUGAGUACGGCAUUGAACCACUUAUGGAACAUUUUGCCUCUCUUGUGGACGUCAUUGGUAGGAACGGGUAUGUAGAGGAAGCCAUGAAUUUGAUCAAAACCAUGCCGUUCGAACCAGAUAGUGCUGUUUGGGGUGCAUUACUUGGUGCAUGUAGAAUUCAUAACAAUGUAGAUUUUGCUAUAAUUGCUUCCGAAUCUCUAAUGAAACUUGAGCCAGAAAGCUCAGCACCCUAUGUUAUGCUACAUAGGCUGUAUACCGAUGCUGGGAGAUGGGAAGAUGCAACAAGAGUAAAGACAGUGAUGCAAGGGAAUAAGAUCAAAAAACAAGCUGGGUAUAGUUGGAUUGAGUUGCAAUAAGUUCAUGUUUCUCGUGCUUCAGAUAGAGAGAACACUUUCACUUCUUAGUGGGACUGCAUGAGAGCUACCAUGUGACAAUUCAAAUUUUGGAUUUGAUUGAAACUGCAUUUCUGAUCUGAAACUCUUGACAGUGGUUGAAACUGUGGGAUAGGUAAGUUGGAUUUGAUCCAAGCCUAAUCAAAUGUUAGUGGUUAAGUACACUUAAUCCCAAGCCCAACCUGGGAAACAAAAACGCCUCAAAUAAUUUGGUUGCAACAAUUUGUUACUUCACAUAUUUGGCAUAGUAUAAAAAUGUAGCAUAAGUGCCCAAAUACUUGCGCAUGGCCAGGAAACCGUACCGGAAGACUGUUCCUGUGCCAAGUGGUCGAUUGGACACAGAUAAUAGUGUAGCUAGUGUGUACAUGCAUGUUAAAUGGACAUAAUACUGUAAGAAGGGUUCAUGUAAGAGGGUGAGGAAAUAAUAAAAUCAAUAAGGUUUCCCUCUUAUAUGGAUAUGUGGUUCUUGCAGGGGACUGGCUGUAACAAUUAUGGAGACAGAAGUAGGGAAAACUUGAUAUUAAGAAACAGCCUUUCCAACUCCCAGACUUCAUUGCGGCAACUGGAAUCGAGAAAAUUAGACAGGCAUAUAUUGAGAAAGAGAAUAGUAAAAAGUUGAAACAGAAACAAUGUGUGCGUAUGCAACCAAAGAUGGGAAAGAUGGAUAUUGAUUAUCAGGUUUUCCAUGAUGCCUUCUUUUAAUAUCAGACGGCGAGCUCUAUCACGAAGGGAAGAGUUCGAGGUACUUGAAGAGAAAGAAGAAAUGAUCGCUCCUGGAACCUUGCUCGGAACAACCACACGUAUGUGGUUGGCCUGGAGCACAGGAAAAGGCAGCAGCUGCGAAAAGGGCAGAUAAAGUUGAUGUCUCUUUUAAACCAGAUGAAUUGGAAGGGUUGGAGAACCUGGAUGGUGUUUUGGCUGCCAAGUACGAGGAAGCAAGGGAAGAAGAGAAACAGCGUAGCCAUCGUACAGC